CACUCAGUCUUACAUCACAUCACAUACUGUACAUGCGGAACUCUUGCAAAGUGAAAAACUACUGCAAGAACACCGAUCAGAGAGGAAGAGAGGAUAUAAGUUAAAAAGGUCAUGUCGUCCAUAAAAGUCGAAUGUGUUAUCAAAGAAAAGACUGAAGUCGGUGAGAGCCCAGUCUGGGAGGAGAAGGACUCCUCUUUGUUGUAUGUUGAUAUUACGGGUCAAAGGGUCAGCCGGUGGAACUCUCUGACCAGUCAAAUAGAGAGUAUUGCCACAGAGAAACCUGUAGGCUCUGUGGUUCCACGGCAGGCGGGUGGUUACGUCAUCGCGGAGGGAACUCGGUUUGCCUUUGUUGACUGGGUAAAGCGUUCAAUUACAGCUGUUGCCCAUGUCAACGACAAGGAAAAACCAAACACCCGCUUCAAUGAUGGAAAAGUAGAUCCAGCUGGCAGGUUUUUUGCAGGUACCAUGUGUUUGGACAUGAAGCCUGACGUGAUGGAUGCGGCGCUGUACACCCUCCAUCCUGACCACUCUGUUGUCCAGCAUUUUGACCAAGUGCACAUCUCCAAUGGUUUGGACUGGUCACUGGAUCACCGCGUCUUCUAUUACAUCGACAGUCUGGCGUUCAUGGUGGAGGCCUUCGAUUACGACAUCCAUACCGGAGGGCUGUCUAACCGCAGGAUGGUUUACAAGAUGGAGAAAGAUGAAGGCAUACCAGACGGGAUGUGCAUAGACACAGAGGGCAAACUGUGGGUUGCCUGCUUCAAUGGAGGAAGAGUGCUGCGUAUCGACCCACAAACAGGCACACGGCUGCAGACAGUGAAACUACCCGCUGAGAAAACCACCUCAUGCUGUUUUGGAGGAAAAGACUACAGUGACCUCUACGUCACCUCAGCGUAUACAGGCAUGGAUUCAGAUUCACUAGCCAAGCAACCUGAGGCCGGCUGCAUUUUUAAGGUGUCUGGUUUAGGAGUGAAGGGCAUCCCACCAUAUUCAUACACUGGAUGAAAUCAAAGGAAAAAGUGAUG